UUGUUUGUACAGUUUGCAAAAGAUGCCGAAAGUAUAGAAAGUGCAUUUGAUCCUCCUUCAGAUGACGAAGAUAUUGUCGUCCUGAGCCACAGAAUAAAGCCUGUAGAUGUUUUAAUGGAAACUAUUCAAAAGAACGAAAUGGCCGAUAUUAUUGUGACUGUUGAAGGUCAUUCCUUCCCUUGUCAUGCGGUUAUACUAUGUAUUUACUCGAAAGUCAUGGCAAAACUAAUUUUAGAAUUGGAUGCAGGCGAGGACAAUCUUGUUUUCGACACUCCGGAGAUGAGUCCAAAGGGAUUCAGCGACACGUACCAAUGGAUGAUCUCAACAUAUGGCACACUGGAUUAUAAUAACUUCAUCGACAUUUUGAGAACCGCAUAUUUUCUGGAAAUACCCGAGCUUCUUGAGAUUUGCUGGAAAAAUCUGGAUAUGCAUGUGUUUGAUGAAUUCUCAGCGUUUAGCAUUCUUUACCAAGGACGACGGGCCCAUGAACUGGUGGAAAUUAUCGAAAAGAUGUCGGGACGUAUUUCCAGAGCUACUUUGUCCAUUAUAGCUAGCCGUGAAUUCUUGAGCCUGAGUGAGGUGCAAGUAUGCUGCUUGCUGAAAUCAAGUUAUCUGGCAGUCAAUUCGGAAAUUGAGCUUUUAUAUAGCGCUUUGAUGUGGCUCUUUCAUCACUGGCCGGAACGCCAGUCCAGCACUGUAAAGGUUUUGAAAAACAUUCGUUAUGGCUAUCUCUCACCCACAAUGCUAAGCAAGUUUAAGUCACUGGGACGCAACAAAAUAGGUCCUUUUGCUGAGAUUUUUACCAAGCUUAUUGAGUCUCCCGACCUUUCGCAACUCGUUCGAGAUGGUCUGUUCUACAGCAGUUUAGAUGUGUCCAAAUAUGCGCUACAUAUCAUUUAA